ACUUAUUUAUGCGAUUAACGUGUUUCCCUGGUCACGACCAAUGGGAGAAAGAUAUUCAAAUUCAAAAUGUCAGGGAUGAGUAGCCAGUUGCUAAGCGCAACAAAUUAAGCGUUAAUAGCUUCAGAAUUUAGGCAAGGUAUAAAACAGUCUUAACGUUCAACAGCAGCGUAACAAAUGAUCGUUUUCGACAGUUCUUACGGUCAAGGUGCAUGCGUACUAUUCGAAGAUCGACUUUAAUCCGAAAAACAACAACUCCAGCUGUAUCGUAUUUCUGGUUUAAUGACAGGAUAUACAACCUCGGGACGGUUCGAAAUAGCGCUUACAGCUGAGUUCUUUACGAGAGAAAUUCUGUAAGUAUCAAUUAUACUGCUUAUCUCCGAGUGAAAAGCUGCGGUCCGCUUUCUAGGGCUACUGUUAUCGCGAUUUCUCCCUUAUCUCUGUCUACGUUGUACAUCCGAGCGAGUCCAGGCUCGAAUUUGUGGCUUUAUCUUGACCCCGAUUUACGUUUUAUAUAAUGGAAAUUUGCGUACGCAGGAAAUAGUCCAUCAACUGUGUGUUUGUUUAUGAUAUAAUGGAUUUGGCAGACGACAAUAUGCGAAUGCAAACGGAUAGGUAUUACUGAGAAGAUUUUUGCGUUAUUGAAAUGCCGAAGUAUGGAUCGUCGCAGCCUCUACGGAAUAAGUUAGUCGUACUGACCUUCUUCAUGCUCCUCGUUAUGCUUACGACGGUUUGUCUCGGCCUGAUGCGUUAUAAGGAGCACAAAAGAAAAGCAAUGACGUUGACGGUAAAACGAACCCGCUUCCCUCGCGAUUUGUCAUCGAACAAUUCCGUUACGACGACGAAGUCUUCGAAAAGCAACGAGGACGAUGAUAAGAAGAAAGACGAAUACCCCGACGAUGUAUUCACAUUAGAACAAAAACAAAAUGGUGCGGUGGUACUUCACGUGUUUGGUCUCUGUUACAUGUUCCUUGCAUUAGCUACGGUUUCCGAUGAGUUCUUCAUACCUAGUCUCGAGGUGAUUACAUCGGAGCUUGGCGUGUCCGAAGAUGUUGCCGGUGCCACAUUCAUGGCGGCUGGAGGAAGUGCCCCCGAGCUGUUCACCUCCGUUAUUGGUGUGUUCAUUGCAAAUUCGAACGUUGGUUUCGGGACGAUCGUGGGUAGCGCUGUAUUCAACGUGCUUUUCGUGAUAGGAAUGUGCGCAGUCUUCUCCAAAGGUGUUCUUCAGCUCACUUGGUGGCCUCUCUUCCGAGACUGUAUAUUUUACAUCAUUGCACUAGUCUUGCUUAUUGUCUACUUUAUCAUUGGAAGGCAAGGCAAUCGAUCCAUGAUUCACUGGUGGCAAGCCGUCACCAUGAUCGUUUGGUACUUUGCGUACGCUCUCUUUAUGAAAUACAACGUAGAGAUCGAGAGAUUUGUCAAGAAGUUUUGCUCGGGAACGAAUAGAAUCGGUGACGGUGAUUUGGCCGUUAUUUCCAGUUGGACCAGUUCACGAGAAACGGAUGCGUACGUAAAGAAAGCUUUGGAAUAUAUGAAGAACAACGGCAAGGAAAAGCCGUGUUUUCGUUUUGGCGCCUUACAGUUGAUCAUGCGCACCAUUGAUCCACUCAGAGAAGUUUCAGUAUGUGACCUGGCAAAAGAAAUGGAAUCAAUGAACCAACAACGAAACGCGUCGAAAGGCAACUCCAACUUUGCAUCGCUACACGUUGACCAGUUGAGCGAGGUCAGCGAGUCUCGUCCAAACUCACCGACGUCAAUGCCAUCCGCUGACAACGUGCGCCUUCACACUUUAUCGAUGGUGACCACUAGUACGCAAGCAAUCACGGACAGUGGUGAUGAACAGUAUCGUCAGAUUUCACAUCAAGGCUCUUAUCAUAACGACGUUCACUCAGCAGAAAUACACACUCCAUUGGUUUUGUCCUUCCCCAAGGGUUUCAAAGAUCGCCUCGUGUUUAUCAUCCGCGCUCCAAUCCUCUUUUUUCUUCACGUGACCUUGUCUGACGUCAGAAAACCGGAGAAACGACGCCGUUAUCCCUGGACGUUUUUCAUAUCAAUCUUAUGGAUUGUUGUGUUCUCAUACUUCAUGGUGUGGUGGGCAAGAGAGAUCUCACUUACAUUCGAGAUCGACGAUGAAAUCAUGGGCCUGACCGUGCUGGCGGCUGGCACCAGUAUCCCGGAUCUCAUUACCAGUGUUUUGGUUGCGCGCAAAGGCUACGGAGACAUGGCCGUAUCAAGUUCCGUGGGCAGCAAUCUGUUCGAUGUAACCAUAGGGCUCCCAUUACCUUGGCUUAUAUGGAGUAUGAUGCACAGCGGAAAUGCAUUUGGCGUUGUGAACAGUGGGCUCUUUUGCUCAACUAUCUUGCUUUUCGGAAUGUUAUUGACCGUGGUUGUGUCUAUAGCUUUGUGUAAAUGGCGCAUGAGCAAAACACUGGGCAUCUUGAUGCUCAUGUUAUACGUAGUCUUUGUAGUUCUCUCAGUUUUGUUACAGAAAGACGUUUUUGUGUGCGAUUUUUGACCAUUCAAGGUUGUCCCCGCUGUCUUUUCAAAAAUCCUACUUCUAUAGAUAUAAGUAACGGCAUAUUGGUGCUUACUCUAAGUAUUUCUUGAGGUGAAACAUUGCAGCUUGUCUUAAUCAUAAUCGAGUGAGAAAGCAGUUUUCAUUUAAGUUCUUUUGAUAACGUGCUUCAAAAAAUGGACCGUAGAUUACCAUGCCUGGACUGGUGAAAUGUAUCUCCUUUUCAUUGGCUAGACUAGUGAAAUGUGUCUCCUUUUCAUUGGCUAGACUAGUGAAAUGUAUCUCCUUUUCAUUGGCUAGACUAGUGAAAUGUGUCUCCUUUUCAUUGGCUAGACUAGUGAAAUGUAUCUCCUUUUCAUUGGCUAGACUAGUGAAAUGUAUCUCCUUUUCAUUUGCAAGACUAGUGAAAUGCAUCUCGUUUUCAUUUGCUAGACUAGUGAAAUGUAUCUCCUUUUCAUAAUCUUUUGCAAACAUUGAACGUUAAACACGAAAUAUUGUAUACACAUAAUAUUGACGUCAUUUCAAUAAUUAUUUGUUUAGAAUUCAAUACUUCAUGUAAAUAUACGUGUGGGCCUUCUUCCCUUGAACGGGAAGAUCAAGUUAAGUAACAAGUUGUUGAUAUUGUUGAUUUGUAAAUUCAAAGCAGCUUACGGUAUUCGCAACUUAUUGUUCUUUGAAACAACCAGCACUAUUAGUUUUAUAAUUUAUGUCCAGAAGGGAAGUACUCCAGUGGUAAUGCUUGAUAAUUGAGGAUCAUUAAAAUGAUAAAGACCACAGCAACCCUGAAUUACUCAUUGACGAAUGGCAAGCACUUCUGGGUGGCUUUUGUUUGACUGCACUUUGAGUAAGUAGAUGACGCACAAAAUUGUAAAUAGUGUAUUGUUUAGGAACACUACAGUGUUCAUACUGUAGUUAUUAGUUAUUGCUGGCAAAAAAUAAACUUUUUAUUGGGAGGUAAACUCCACCACAGUUGA